UGGGGAAUUAUUAUUCUUCUUUUCUCUACAAGAACAUAGUAUUUGUAUACACUCGAGAACAUAUAUAUAUACCUGAUUAUCUCAAUUCUCACACCACUUUUCUCACUCGGCACGCUCAAUCCUUUCUCCCGAACUCCGGAGCGAUAUCGGAUUGGACAGAGGAGAUGAGCAUGAAGGUGAAGAAAGGGUGGCUCGCCGUUCAAGUUGGGUCAACGGAAGAAGGAGAAGAGAAGGGAAUCCAGAGAUUUGUGAUUCCAAUUUCAUACCUCUACAAUCCUCUCUUGCAGAGCCUUCUAGAGAGGGCUCGCGAAGUGUACGGCUACCACGCCGACGGCCCCUUACGCCUUCCCUGCUCCGUUGACGAUUUCCUCCACAUUCGAUGGCAGAUUGAGAAGGAAGCUGCAACUUCCGCCGCCGCCAGGAACCGCCACGGCCACUACCACCACCUCCACCACCAUCUACCCACUUCUUUGUCCUUUCACUCUUGUUGAUGAAGAUGACUAAGCUAAUACUAGUAUUGUCUUCUGUUACCACGGUUCUCCUUGAUUUUUAACUACGAUUUCCAUCUUUUACCGUCGGAACGCACCUUUUGUUUUUUAUUAGAUCUGGGGUAAUUUUAAACGGAAUCGACAAGUUUUGAGCUCCUGUUUAUGUGGUUCGCUUUAUAAUUAAUUAAUAAUUAGUUACUUUACUAAUUUAUUUAUACCGAAAUUUCAU